UACAUUUUGUAAUUAAUAAGUUUCAUAUUGGUUACAUAACUACAAAAAUAAGAACCACACGCCGGACUAAUAAAUUGACUAAACCAGCUAUCUAACGAAAGAUAAGUAAACACUAUGGCUGCCGGUAUCAGAUUUUAUUUGAGAAUCAAUGAAAUCAAAGAAUGCAGUUUCAGUCUUGCUGAGGACAUUAAAUGUUCCAAAUGUGGCCAUUGCAAUAAAAUUCUAAGCAAUAGGAAUAUCAUCAAGUGGGAGGAUGAGAAUUUCAUGUAUUGCUUCAAGUUAAAGACACAUGAGCAGGCAAUUACGUUUAAUCGUCGCUUAUGUUCUUCAGUAACCCAAAUGGAAUUAAAUAAACGUGCUAUGGUCAAACUACACCUGGAAAUUCUAAAUGCUGAGGAGGCAAUUAAAACCAUUUUCCAUACUUAUUUCGAGGAGGACCUUUUGGCUCAGUAUUCUUGGGAAGGUGAUGCUCAAAAAUUACCAUUCACGUCUCUAAAUGGUAUCAUUGAGUGUAUUAUGGGUGCUGCUUGUGAGAUUCACAAUAAUUUCAAUAUUACUCACUUGAAAGAAAUGUUUAGUGUUUGUCAAAAUGAAGUUUUCCAUGAAGCACGUGAUAUAUUUGCUGGAGGAGACCCUGGUGGUAGUGACUAUGAGAGCAGCUAUAAUAUCGGUACUUUCGAUUGGGAAGAUGUUAUGCAUACUCCACGUGGCGGGCGGGAUUAUGAAACAUCUGGGAAGAAAUAAUUAAUUUGAAAACAAUUACAUAUUUAUUUUUUAAUUGUUUUCUCACUUUCAUUUAUUUCAACAUUUUAAACUAUCCGACGAGGAAAACAGAAAAGGGACAUUGAAGUUUUAGAAAAAGAAUCAUAUUUUUUAAAAAAUGUUUUUGUUUAAUUUAGUAAGUUUAAAUUCAAAAAU